AUGUCGGUAUCUGAGCUCAAGGCGCAGGGCAACGCUAGUUUCGCUGCGAAGGACUACGACAAUGCUAUCAAGCACUACACCGAUGCGAUCGCCGCGGCAGAGAGCCAAGGCGAGCAGGAUGGCGUGCACGUGCUGUACUCGAAUCGCAGCGCGAGUUUCGCCGGUCUGAAGAACUGGAGCGCGGCGCUGGAGGACGCGGAGACGACCAUUCGCCUGAACCCCUCCUUUGCUAAGGGGUACGGUCGCAAGGGCAGUGCUUUGCACGGCGCGCGUCGCUACGACGAGGCGAUUGCUGCGUACCAUGCUGGCCUGGAGGCUGUUCCGGGAGAUGCAGCGCUGCAGAAGGGUCUAGCAGAUGUGCAGCGUGCCAAGGCCGACAGCGCAGGUGCACAGGAUCCCUCGGCUGCGAUGGGAAACCUGUUCCGUGACCCGCAGCUCUUUGAGAAGCUCGAGCGCAACCCCAACACCGAAGGCCUGCUGAAGGACCCCUCGUUUGUUCAGCAGCUCAAGGACCUGCAGAGCGGUCGCGCGAACCCGAUGAUGGCGCUGCAAGACCAGCGCAUGAUCCAGGUGAUGGGCGCGCUCAUUGGCGUGGAUAUGCGUGCCUUCGAUCCCAGUUCAGACAACGCGCGGCCCAUGGACGAGGAACCUGCACCGAAGAAGGAGGCACCGAAGCCGGAGCCCGCGGCGCCCAAAGAGGCGCCGCCCGCCGAGCCUGAAGACCCGAAGAAGGCCGAGGCUGAGGCUGAGAAGAAGCAGGGGAACGCGCACUAUCUGAAGCGCGAAUUUGAUGUGGCAGCUGCGCACUACCAAAAGGCCUGGGAGCUGUACCAGGACAUCACGUACCUGAACAAUCUGGGCGCUGUCUACUUUGAGCAGGGCAAUCUGGACGAGUGCAUCAAGACAUGUGAGAAGGCUGUCGAAGAAGGUCGUGCGAUGCUGGCGGAUUACAAGCUGGUGGCCAAGGCAUUCGGGCGUAUUGGCUCGGCGUACCUUAAGAAGGACGACCUACCGCAAGCCAUUACAUUCUUUGAAAAGUCACUCACAGAGCACCGCACGCCCGAGAUCCUUGCCAAGCUCCGUCAGGCGGAAAAGGACCUCAAGGAGCGUGAGCGCCAGGCCUACAUCGACCCUGCCAAGGCGGAGGAAGAGCGUAACCGUGGCAACACCCUAUACAAAGAGGGUGACUUCCCUGGCUCGGUCCAGGCGUACAGCGAGUCGAUCAAGCGCAACCCGUCGGACCCGCGCGGCUACACAAACCGUGCUUCGGCGUAUACCAAGCUCGCUGCGCUGCCUGAGGCGCUCAAGGACGCUGAAGAGGCCAUCAAGGUGGAUCCGAAGUUCGUCAAGGCUUACAUCCGCAAGGCCAAUGUGCUGUUCUCUAUGAAGGAAUUUACGAAGGCCAUGGAGGCCGCACAGGCCGCUGACGAUGUGGACGAGGCACAAGAGGGCGGCGCACAGAACCAGCGCGAGAUUCAAGCUCUGCAGGCAAAGAUUAUGCAGGGCCUUUACGCGCAGCGUUCUGGCGAGUCCGACGAGCAGACGCUCGAGCGCGCGAUGCGGGACCCUGAAGUGGCGAACAUCAUGCAGGAUCCGGUCAUGCAGUCGAUUCUGCAGCAGGCGCAGUCGAAUCCGGCGGCGCUGCAGGACCACAUGAAAAACCCCGGUAUUCGCGCCAAGAUUCAGAAGCUCAUUGCGGCGGGCAUCAUCCGCACACGCUAG